AUGUCCAAGACGCGCAUACAGCCACUCCAAUUGCAGUCGCGGGGGUCGGACAACUCCCGCUCCGCGUACCAGAGACAGAUGGCCGUGCUGGUCAUCUUCCUGGUCUCGGCGACGGUCUCUUGCUUCGGCAACGCAUCUGACGCGCUUCCGCAUGUGCCUCCGCCUACGCAAGCCGUCCAUUUUGAUCUUGGCUUGGACUCGGAUUCGGACUCGCUGUCGUCUUCGCUUUCGUCUGUGCUUUCGUCGAGCUCUGCGGACAAGUAUCUCGCGUAUCUACCCCAUAGUGGCUUCCAUAACCAGCGUAUCGCGUUCGAAAAUGCUCUUGUGCUGUCCCGUCUGCUCAAUCGUACUCUGCUUCCAGUGUACUACCUCCCUUUUGACCAGCUGCGCGACGUCCUCGCGAACUCCACGAAGGCAGGUCUUGAGCACUGCAAGGAGCUCCGUCUGGACGGGAGCCAGGAAAUCCCGCCGGAGUGCAUGGACUACUACGACUUUACAUACGUGCCCUGGGAGUGGCUCGUCGACCUGUCUGAGAUCAAGCAGGAGCAGCGCCUCUUGCCUUGCUGGAACCUCACUGAUACUUGGCUCGAGGAGCGGUUGAACAUCUCACGCAACGAUACAUUUCUCCUCAAGGACACCGCCCGGAACCACUACAGCUUCCUCGACUUCAGCCCAAGCCCCAGCUCCAGCGCCAUCGCCCUCUCACGCAAGUACCUCGAGUCCGUUCAGAUCUCGACGCUCGCCUUGCGCCCGGAACGGCUCGUCUUCCUCGGCACUUUGAUGGGCUCCUCGCGCCUGCACCUACGCGACGCGGCGCGCUACCAGCUCCGCGCGCGCGUCCGCGAGAAGAUGGCGCUGACGAACCCGCUCCUGGCCGCGCUCGCGGAGGACGUGCGCUCCGCUCUGGGCGGACAGUAUCUCGGCGCGCACAACGUGCGGCUGACGUGGUGGAAGCUCGUGCAUACCACGCUGGGGUUCAGCAUCCAGGACACCCUGCGCUGGAGAAGCUCUGGUGCUCGCUACUCGCCACGGAUCCCCCUGGACAUCCCCGCCCUGCGCGUCCCACACCCUCCUCUACCUCCCCUCAGCCCCACUACCAACGUCUCGCUCGCCUGCCCAGGAACGCCGCACCCCUCGCCCGCCCUCACUCUGCUCAACACCCCCCUGUUCAUUGCCACCGACAUCGCCUUCCCGCGGGGCGACCCGCUCCUCGCGCGUUUCACGCGCACGUUCCCGUGUACGUUCUUCCUCGCUGACUUCCACGCGCAGACUGCGCCGCUCGACGCGCUCGUCAGCGGCGCGGACGGCGUGCGACUGCGCGGCUUCGUACUCCCGUUUCUGGACGCGAUGAUCGUGGGGCGGGCGUGGGCGGUCGUCGGGACGGAGCAGAGCACGUAUAGCGCAUUUGUGGCGGACGUGCUGUGGAGGAGGUACCAUGGGUUCGAGAUCGUGCAGAGGGGAUAG